AUGGCUUCUCGUAUAUUUCGUUUUCUUGUGUUUCGACCAUAUGCAGCCAGCCUUUCUGUCGAUUUCCACUCGAUUUCUUGUCCCUUCCGUGUGAUGCGUUCCACUGUUUCGGAUCUUUCAAUGUCAAUGAUUCUACAUAAUCUUUGGUUUUCCUUUAUUCGUAACGCUCAGACCAUCAACGCCACUAAUACAGUCGCGAGUGCCAAUGUUGCUGCAGCUCCCGCUGCCAACGGGGUACCUAACCUCUAUCGUGAUCUUCAAUCAACCUUAGAUUUUCAGCUACAGUGCAAGGACAGCAACGAUAAUCAAGAGAGCACACAAACGAGUCGAUUAUCUGGUAUUAGGGUUUGCGGCGGGCCUGGAGCUGGAGCAGGCAGUGGAGCCAUAGCAAACUCUGGUCCUGGGGCCAGUUCCGUUUUGCCUGGUCAGGCCAGUUUACCAGGGAUCUCCUCUUAUGGCCUAGCCAAUUCGUCGCGUAGGCCUGGUGCCGUUUGCGGAGUCAACACAACUUCGACGGUCCAAAACACACUCCUGUACCGCAGCCGUUUCCAAACAACGGGGACAAACGCAGACCCUAUGACAACGACAAAUGCAACAGGGACAGCUAAGGACUCCGCUCGCCCACUUGCCACAUUGGAGGACCACCUUCUAUUGCUGGAAAUGCCGGCCUCCUGGACUCUACCUAUUAUUUUAACUCAGGAACAAUACCAGCGACGUUAUUCUGAUGCUGGCCACAAAGUUACAUACUUCAAGCGAGCCAAGUUGGAACGCUUUGCGGCAUAUUCCCAGCCUGGAGGGCUGGUUGAGCGGCUAACCUUGUUCCAUGAUAUUGAAUUAUCACAGCCACUUGAGGUGUGUUUCAUAGCUGAAUUGUAUCCUUAA